CUUUUCCUUCUCAUAGCUAAAAUCCGCAAAAGUGAAAACUUUCUUUGAAAAGAUCAUGCCAGUCUUAUUAAUCAUUUAUACUUGCACAAUUUAAACUGAACAUUUAACCCUACUUUUAUCCGAUGUCUCAAACGUCUGUGUUCUCUAACAUCCAAGUAUACGGCAAGAAUAAGGAGACCGUCACAGGAUUUUAAAAGUACAUAUGUUAUGAUUAUGUUUAUCUUCGUUUAUUGAAUAAAAAUCUCGAGUGUCAAAGCCGAUAUCCGAAUUCAUUUUCUAAAAUUGGCGAAAGUGUGACAAUUCAUUUUGAUCAGAAAAGCGUCUUAACCUAAUUUACACCUAAAUCGCAAUGUUCAUCAAUGAAAGAAUUUGCAUUUUGAAAACCGAGCUUUUGUAAACAUACCCACGCAUAUAGUGCUGCAUAUUUUUUGUUGUCAAUUCUUGUUUUGUUUCCAUCGCCUUUCGAGAGGAUCGCCUUUUAUUCAUGGCAGACUGAGUGGCUGGCGGUGUACACAGAGCGUUCAAUCUAAGACGGAUUAAUCAUCUCGAAGAACAGGGAAGACUUAAAAGCCCUUAAAGUGACCGCUGCUAAUCGAGCGUAAAAGCCCACUUUACAACGUGGAAGUUAACCUUUUAUCCAGAGCCGCGUUGUCUUUCUUCUUCCCGCGAGCUUUUCGUACUCGUUCGACAUGUUAAACCAAACUGUACCAGCAUCUAGCUUUCCUGCGGAAACUAGUCAAGAUUACCCGUCUUGCUCAGAACAAAACACCAAAGAGUAUGUAAAAGGCAUCAAAGCAGCCGCUUACAUCUUAGUGAUACUGCUUUCCCUGUUCGGAAAUGUUAUGGUCGUGCGGGUUGUGCACAAAACCCGGCGAAUGCGAACCAUCACGAACUAUCUUAUCGUCAACAUGGCUGUUGCCGACCUUUUGACCACUGUUUUCAACAUGCUGCCUACAACCUACUGGAUACUCCGUGGACUAGAUAUCUGGGCUGUUGGUGGAUGGAUAGGAGAGGCUCUUUGCAAACUACUGCCCUUCGCGCAAUCACUCACAAUCUCGGUUUCGGUUUUCACGCUCUGCGCGAUCGCAUUCGAUCGUUUUUUCGCAAUAUUCAGACCGUUAAAACGUGUGAUUACAUUUCGCGUCGCCAAAGGUAUCAUUUCAUCUACAUGGUUAUCGUCGGUCAUCAUCUCAGGUCCUCAGCUUUACGUCUCUACAACCACCGGUGAAAAAGGCCUCGCCCAUUGCAAAGAAAAAUGGGAUCCACCGUUUGAUGAAAACACAGCUCCUCGAGAUUACACCAUAGCGCUGUUUGUAAUGCUGUAUGCCUUGCCUCUGACGCUCAUAGCAUCUCUGUACACAGUAAUUAUGUUUAAACUGUGGCGAAGGCAAGCACCUGGCCAAGAACUGUCGUCAAACCAAGAAAAUAAGGACAAGACUAACAAGAAAGUCUUAAAGAUGUUAGUAACCGUUGUAAUCGUUUUUGCAUUAUCCUGGCUUCCGUUGUACGUCAGAAUGUUUGUGAUGUUUGCGGAAUCGGCUCGUUAUGUCUGCGGUCUGCCUUACGAUAUGGAUUUUCUAACUCUAUUCCUUGGCCACGCCAACUCUGCUGUGAACCCGUACAUUUACGUCAUUUUCAACGAGAACUAUAGAAGAGGAUUCAGGACUGCGCUAUCCCGGCGUCGCCGUGGAAGCAGUCGCGAGCUGUCGCGUAGCACAACUCGAAGAACGAAGUCCACAAGACUACAAGAGAAAGAAGCCAACCUAUUACACGACGAUUCACGACAAAAAAAAGCUGUACUGCGAGCUUUUAAAAGACAAAACUCAGAAAUAUCAUUACCAAUGACAACGACAACGGAAAAUCUUUAAUUGAGGAAAGAAGGAAGGAGGAAAUUGACCUAGUAGGAGUAAUGAUAUUGUCGCUAUUUUGGAGAGAUAGGAAAAGAUAGUGGAAAAUACGAUUAACUCCUAAAAGGAAGAUAAGACCUCGUCGAAUUCAAUAUCCGCUUUGUUUUGGAAAAAAAAAAGAUUCAAUUAAUUUUUUGUAAAUGUCAACUCAUUAUUCCAACAGCGAUAAUAAGUCAUUCUCAUUUUAAUUGCGAUAGUUACGUAAUGGUAAGAACACUUCCUCCUCGUUGAAUGCCAACUUUUUAAAUUGAUUGAUAGAUAAACUGUGUCAUAUUUUGAAAUGUUUUUAUUCAGAAGUGUAAUAAAAAUUC